CCGGAGCUGGACGCUCCUGCAGUGCCGCCGGUGCCGCACCAGCCGGCGGCAGAACCAGCCACGGGGCCGGAGCAGGCGGUGGUCGUCGUCGUCGAUGCCGAGGAGACGGAGGAGGAGAGGAUCAGGAGGGAGGAAGCCGCCGAGCUGAUGCGGAUCGGCAGCGUCAAACGCGCGCUGCGGAGCAAGUCGCACACAACGGGCCACUCGCUCGCCGGGCCCGCCGCCGCCAAGUCCUCGGAGUGGUACACGCUGCGGCUGCUCGAGCACGUGCUCAGGGAGGUUGUCGCGGAGGGCAACCUUCGGCGGUCGGUGAGCGUCCAGACCGGCGGCGACGGGAGCGCACGGCGCGGCUUCCUCGGCGCCCGCGCCGGGAGGAGCGGCCGGCUCGGCAACUCCGGUCGGUGGCCCAACAUGUCGAUGCUGGCGCGCACCUGCUCCGCGAGGCUGCCGGCGUGGGGCUCCGUGCGGCGCGGCGAGGCUGACGCGCCGGCCAAGGGCGCGAAGGUCUCCGGCGACGGCAAGGCCGUGGAGCAGUGCGACGGCGGGGCGUGCCCACUUGGCGCGCAUGUUUGUCGCCGCCGUCACUUCUUUUUUUGGUGGCAAAUCAGAGUGGGUGACUGGGUGUUCGUUUGGUUCGUUACAAUCAUGGAGGUAACAAAUUCUUGUGACGAUGAGAAUCUAGGGAAAAUGUUGCUACUUGCUAACAUGUUUUAAACGCCUGAAUAUUUUUUUUCCUUUCUUCAGUCGAUCAAGAACGUGACUUGUGUUCCAACA